AUGGGGACAAGAGCGGUCUUCGUUGACGCAAGAGAGGUCACCGUUGACACAAGGGACGUCCCCUUUGGCGUUGGAGACCCCAUGGGGACAAGAGCGGUCUUUGUUGACGCAAGAGAGGCCACCGUUGACGCAAGGGACGUCCCCUUUGGAACUGGAAGUGGCCCCGUGGGGACAAGAGAGGCCACCGUUGACGCAAGGGACGUCCCCUUUGGCGUUGGAGAUGACCCCAUGGGGACAAGAAAGGUCUUCGUUGACACAAGAAAGGUCACCGUUGACAAGAGAGGUGGCACCUGGGGCGCAAGGGACGUCCCCUUUGGAACUGGAGGUGGCCCCAUGGGGACAAGAGAGGCCACCAUUGAUGCAAGAGAGGUCACCAGUGACGCAAGGGACGUCCCCUUUGGCAUUGGAGACCCCAUGGGGACAAGAACGGUCUUCGUUGACGCAAGAGAGGCCACUGUUGACAAGAGAGGUGGCAUCUGGGGUACAAGGGACAUCCCCUUUGGAAUUGCAGGUGGCCCCAUGGGGACAAGAGCAGUCUUCAUUGACACAAGAGAGGUCACCGGUGACACAAGGGACAUCCCCUUUGGCAUUGGAGACCCCAUGGGGACAAGAGAGGUCUUCGUUGACUCAAGACAGGUCACCGUUGACAAGAGAGGUGGCACCUGGGGCGCAAGGGACGUCCCCUUUGGAACUGGAGGUGGCUUCAUGGGGACAAGAGAGGCCACCAUUGACACAAGGGAUGUCCCCUUUGGAACUGGAGGUGGCCUCAUGGGGACAAGAGCGGUCUUUGUUGACAGAAGAGAGGUCACUGUUGACACAAGGGACGUCCCCUUUGGCAUUGGAGACCCCAUGGGGACAAGAGAGGUCUUCCUUGACUCAAGAAAGGCCACCAUUGACAAGAGAGGUGGCACCCGGGGUGCAAGGGACGUCCCCUUUAGAACUGGAGGUGGCCUCAUGGGGACAACAGAGGUCUUUGUUGACUCAAGAGAGGCCACCGGUGACACAAGCGUCCCCUUUGGCACUGGAGACCCCAUGGGAACAACAGAGGUCAUCGUUGACGCAAGAGCGGUCAUUGUUGAUGCAAGAGAGGUCAUCGUUGACGCAAGGGACGCCCCCUUUGGAACUGGAGGUGGCCCCAUGGGGACAAGAGCAGUCUUUGUUGACACAAGAGAGGCCACCGUUGACAAGAGAGGUGGCACCCGGGGCGCAAGGGACGUCCCCUUUGGCAUUGGAGACCCCAUGGGGACAAGAGCAGUCUUCGAUGACGCAAGAGAGGUCACCAUUGACAAGAGAGGUGGCACCCGGGGCGCAAGGGACGUCCCCUUUGGCAUUGGAGACCCCAUGGGGACAAGAGCAGUCUUCGAUGACGCAAGAGAGGUCACCAUUGACAAGAGAGGUGGCACCCGGGGCGCAAGGGACAUCCCCUUUGGCAUCAGAGGUGGCUUCGUGGGGACAAGAGAGGUCAUCGCUGACGCAAGAGAGGCCACUGUUGACGCAAGGGACGUCCCCUUUGGCGCUGGAGAUGGCCCCAUGGGGACAAGAGCAGCCACCGCUGACCCCAGAGAUGGCAGCGCUGACACGAGUGGCAGCGCCGUGGGGCCAAGAGAUGCCACCGGUGACACAAAAGGUGGCACCCGGGGCGCAAGGGACGUCCCCUUCGGCACUCCAGAUCCCAUGGGGACAAGGAAUGUCACCUUUGACACCCGAAAUGGUGCCUGGGACACCAGGGACGUCCCCUUUGUCACCAGAGAUGCCCCCAUGGGGACAAGAAAGGCCACCGCUGACGGGAGAGGUGGCACCUUCGGCACUGGAGAGGUCCCCUUUGGCACCAGGGACGUCCCCGUGGGGACAAGAGAUGUCACCUCUGAGAGGAGAGACGGUGCCCAGGACACAAGGGAUGUCCCCGUUGGCGGCAGAAGUGGCCCCACGGGGUCAAGAGAUGUCACCUUCAGCACGAGGGACAUCCCCUUUGGCGGCAGAGACGUCCCCAUGGGCACGGGAGACGGCACCUACACCAGAGACGUCACCCGGGGCACGAGGGACGUCCCCUUGGGCGUACGAAAUGUCCCCUUUGGCACGAGAGACGGCGCCCAGGGGACACGGGACGUCUCCUGUGGCACCAGAGACGUCCCUGCGGACGCGAGAGAUGUCCCCUACCCCACGAGAGAUGGCACCUGGGGCACAAAGGACGUCCCCAUGGACGCGAGAGAUGGCACCUACCCCACGAGAGAUGGGACGUCCCCUUGGGCGUACGAAAUGUCCCCUUUGGCACGAGAGACGGCGCCCAGGGGACACGGGACGUCUCCUGUGGCACCAGAGACGUCCCCAUGGACGCGAGAGAUGUCACCUACCCCACGAGAGGUGGCACCUGGGGCACAAGGGACGUCCCCUUUGGCACCGUGGACAGGAGAGCCGUCCCCUUUGUCACAAGAGAUGUCACCUUCGUCACAAGGGACGUCCCCUGGGACAGCCGUGACGGUGCCAGGGACACGAGGGACAUCUCCGUGGGCACCUUGGACAGAUGUGACGGCACCCGGGGCACCGGGGACGUCCCCGUGGACACAAGGGACAGCACCCGGGAUGUCCCCGAGGGAGGGUUUUCCCCCGGGGGGUCCUUGGGGACUCCCGCCAGAGUCCCCCUUCCCGGGCGUCGGCGUCCCCGUGGCCGUGGGUCCCAAGAAGGAGGUGGCUCCGGUGGCCGGGGUUCUCGGGGACCCCCUCGGGGACACCCCCGCGGUCACCCCUCAGCUGGCCGGGGCCACCCAGGGCGGCACCCUAAGAGGGGACGCGGGGAGAGAAAUGUCCCAAGAGGUUCCCAAAAGGGUCACCGAGGAGGUGGCCAGAGAUGUCCCCAAAGGCGUCCCUGGAGAAGGUCCCCAAGGGGUCCCCAAGGAGGUGCUCAAAGUCCCCAACAGGGUCCCCAAAGGGGUCCCCGGGCAAGGGUCCACCCAGGUACCCGAAGGCGUCCCCAAGGAGAUGCCAAGAGAUGUCCCCAAAGGGUUCCCCGAGGAGAUGGUCCGAGAUGUCCCCAAAGGCGUCCCCAAGGAGAUGCCAAGAGACGUCCCCGAGGAAAUGCCACGCGAUGUCCUCAAAGGGGUCCCCAAGGAGAUUCCAAGAGAUGUCCCCGAAGGCGUCCCCAAAGAGAUGUCCCGAAAUGUCCCCGAAGGCGUCCCCAAAGAAAUGCCAAGAGACGUCCCCGAAGAAACGCCAAGAGAUGUCCCCAAGGAGACGCCAAGAGAUGUCCCCAAAGGUGUCCCCAAAGAGAUGCCAAGAGACGUCCCCGAGGAAAUGCCAAGAGAUGUCCCCAAAG